ACAAGAAAAUCAAAAAAAUUAGAAGAAAUUAGAAAAUCCGUAAAAUAGUGAUACGAUGUGAGAAGAUUGCUGGCCACGAAUAUUAGAAAAUGAAACUGUUAUCGCUAUCGUCCCUGUGCGGGAUUGCCUUCCUGUGUUACGUCCUGCAUUCCACGUACACGCUCUACGUGCUAUUUCGGGCUCCGGAGUGUUCCGGAUCCCCGUGUUACCGGUCUCAGCUGACGAAGGGGAAAUUCCUCCAACUAUCGCUGUUCACAUCCCCGCAUGCGAACCCGCCCAACGGCGGAAAGGUGGCCAAGCUCGGAACGCUAAAUCCCUUCGAUCCGUUCCUGGAAUUGGACAGGUCCUUCACUUUCCCGCUACCCAAGGAAACCCGGUCCAACGGGACGCUGUAUCUGUUUGCGGUUCUAACGAAAGGGGCCAAAUCACACGACUGGGAUGAAGUGCGCAGCCAGAGCACUUCGGUUAUUAAAAAGUUUGCCCUUACGCACUACAUGGUGCCGAAGACGGCCACAAUUAAUCUUCUGAAUGAUAAGGGGGGCAGCAAGAAGCCUAACAGAUUCGCCAACCAGAAGCGCAUUGCACACAUCCGGCAGAAUGUGUUCCUCAACAUCAUCACGGAGCAAUUCUCCGUCUCGCCACGGGAUGUACCGGCCGAACUAGCGCGAGACAUCCGUAUCACACCAGACAACUUGGUGAUGCCGAUCAUCAGGAGUGAUUUUGCAAAGGAAAAGCUUUCGGAUCUCGUGGAAAUCGAUCCCACUGCCAAAGAAGCCACCAUCACAAUACACUACGCCCCGUGUUCGGCAGGAAAGAUCAAAAUGCUGGCCCAAAUCGAACGUGCCAUGUCUGAUUUGAUGGCGUUGGGCUUCAGUGAGAAAGACAUCGAUGAGGUAAAAUCGAUCUUUUCGGACACCAACGUUUACCUUCUGUGUGGAACGAUCGUUAUCAGCAGUGUGCACUUGCUGAUUGACUUUCUUUCAUUUAAAAAUGAUAUUCUUUUCUGGAAGCGGAAGCGCCAUUACGCCGGCUUGUCGCUCCGCAGUACACUUUGGCGAACAUUUAGCCACAUUAUUAUCUUCCUGUACCUGUUGGAUGAAGAAACUUCACUGCUCAUUCUGAUACCGACGGGCAUCGGAACGCUGAUCGAAAUGUGGAAAGCAAAGAAGAUCCUUAAGCUCGACAUAAGCCUCCGGGGAGGCAUUCGCGUUCAGUCAACCUCCGAUGCUAACGACGAGCGGGCCAGUGCAAUCAAAACAGAGGAACGGAACACGCUCGAGCUGGACCGAGAGGCAAUGCAGUACCUCAGCUACGUACUAUACCCACUUUGCAUCGCAGGAGCCAUCUAUUCAUUGUUGUACCUUCCCCAUAAGAGUUGGUAUUCGUGGACGAUUAGCUCGAUGGCUAAUGGUGUCUAUGCUUUUGGGUUCCUGUUUAUGUUGCCUCAACUGUUCAUUAACUAUAAGCUGAAAUCGGUUGCCGCCUUGCCCUGGCGUGUGUUCAUGUACAAAGCCUUCAAUACGUUCAUCGAUGAUGUUUUCGCAUUUAUCAUUACGAUGCCAACGGCACAUCGGUUCGCCUGUUUCCGGGAUGAUAUCGUAUUCCUUGUGUAUCUCUACCAACGAUGGUUGUAUCCUGUCGAUAAGACCCGUAUCGAUGAGGACGAACGGGCGUUGCUCGAUAAGCCUAACAAUGAGGCUGCUGAUCAUGAGAAAGACGGCACAAAAAAUAGCAAAAAGGACAAAUGAAAGAAUGCAUAACACUCGUCGAUUCGUUAUAUACAUUUUCUACUCUAGGGUAAUUUGAUAGAGCGAGGAAAACAUAAUUUACCUGCGUACCACGAAAGCAACAUUUUGGAAAUAAGACUUUUACCGCGUAACCGAAAAUUAAUAUUCCAGCACAUUUAAAGGACGUUAGAACAGGGCGCGCAGUAACUAUAAUCAGCUCGAUCUAUGUUGAUACGGCCAACGGAUGUUUGCUUUAUGAUGGUUGGGUGGGAAGAAUUGAAAAUUUAAAGCUAAACGCACGCAACACCGGGUAUAGCAUUUACCGUAGUAGAUACAAUCGUGACAAUAUGGUUUGUUUGAUCAAAUAUCGGGCAUGAAUAUGUGGUAUAAUGAAAAGUACAACGAACUUCUUUUCAACCGUAAACUGCACUUCUAAGAGUGACAGUUCUAAGAUAUUCUUUUUGAUACUCUAUUGAGUUUGUACCGUCCAUGAGUUAAACGAGUAUUUGUUUUCAUUCCAAACAUUGUUAGGCACAGUUUAAAUAAAGUUAAAUAAACAAAAAUAUUACCCUCUACAAUCUUCCUUCGUUAUCGCUGCAUCACUUAUUGCAUGAGCUUCUUUGUACAUCGAAAAAGAG